ACGUCAAUCCGUCCGCUGACCUCCUGGACCAUCGCAAGCUCUCCUACAACCGCACAAGUCAUCCAAGAUGGCUUCGCAAGCAGAUAUGAAGGACCGCCAGUUCCUCGCCGUUAUCGGCGACGAGGACUCGGUCACCGGCCUCCUUCUAGCUGGCAUUGGGCACGUUAGUACGGGUGCCGACCAAGAAAAGAACUUCCUCGUUGUGGAUGGCAAGACGGAUACCGCUGCGAUCGAGUCUGCCUUUGAAUCCUUCACGUCGAGGAAGGACAUUGGCAUCAUCCUCAUCAACCAACACAUUGCCGAUCGCAUAAGACACCGUGUCGAUACCUAUACCGCUGCUUUCCCGACCGUUCUCGAAAUUCCGAGCAAGGACCACCCGUACGACCCCGAGAAGGACAGUGUUUUGCGCAGAGUGCGCCGUUUGUUUGGCGAAUAAGCAUGUCAUUCGCAGUUUGCUGGGAAUAGUAAGGGUCAAGAGGCAGAAGCAUGAUACGCCGGUAGCGUAUUCGGGGGGUUGGAUGGACCAUACCGGCCUAUCGUGAAUAAAUUGCGAGCUACAUGC